UGGAGAAAGAUUCGGUAUCAUGACGAGGAAAUAUGGCCUUGCAGCAGAUAACAUUAUUGACGCAUAUUUGAUCGAGAAGCAAUGGGCGAAGAUUUGUUCUGGGCAAUUAGAGGACGUGGAAGAGCAAGCUUCGGGAUCAUAGUUGCUUGGAAAAUCAAGUUGGUUCAGGUUCCACCAGUAGUAACAGUUUUUACCAUUAGAAAGAAGAUGGAUCUAGAAGGCACAAAACUCGUACACAAGUGGCAACACAUAGCAAAUAAUCUGCCCAAAGAACUAUUCAUCAGAGUAAUAAUUCAAUCUCCUGGUAUAGAUAGUAAAGAUAAUGAGAAGACAGUUAAAGCCCUGUUUAAUUCACUCUUUCUAGGACCAGUAAAUGAGCUAUUGCCGAUAAUGGAUAAGAGUUUCCCUGAGUUAGGUCUUCAAGCAGAAGACUGUAUCGAAAUGAGUUGGAUAGAAUCCAUUCUCCAUUUCCCUGGAUAUGAAAGAGGACAGACAUUGGAAGUUCUAUUGGACAGAACUGUACACGACGAGAGCUAUUUCAAGGCGAAGUCAGAUUUCGUGGAGGAACCAAUACCUAAAAGCGCCUGGGAGAAAGUACGAGAAAUGUUUCUGGAUGGAAUAACACGUGACAUGAUCUUGGAUCCUUUUGGUGGAAGGAUGGAUGAAAUCUCAGAAUCUGAGCUUCCUUUUCCCCACAGAAAAGGAAAUUUGUACAACAAACAGUACCUCAGUGGCGGACGCAGACAUUUUAGACUAGGGGGUCAGUAA